CAUAUAAAAAGUCUUUGCAGAGCAGUUGCAACACAGUUGACAGUUAAGAGGGAACAGUCAGCCUUUUCUUGCUGCCUUUGGAUUUCUGAGAACCAAAACAUUGAAUACCUCUGAAACGUUUAAAGUUGUUCUCAUUGCAGUCAUGUUUGUGAACACAAUUGUGACCAUUCUGCUUCUUCAGAUCAUACACGAAGGUAGCAUUGUGGUCGCACAGGGGGUGAAUCUGCGCUGCCAUUGCAUUACCAAGGAAAAAAAGCCCAUUGGCCGUUUCAUAGCAGUGUUGGAAGUGCACGCUGCAAGUUCGCACUGUGCUGAAGUUCAAAUAAUUGCAACACUUAAGAUGAAUAACAAAAAGGUUUGCCUCGAUCCUGAGGCUACAUGGGUCAAAAGAGUACUAAAGAAAAGACGUGCCAGGCAAAAAGUGAAAGAACAAACACCCAAAGCAUAGCUUUUCACCAUGGAAGCUUUGAAUGAACAGGACAAAGACUGUUUCCUGAAGGAAGAAGUUUCAUGCAACAAUUAUGACCGUCAGUAACUAAUGGGACACACCUAACUGCCAGCAAGGGGAGAGACAACAGGAAAAGCGAGCCUUUUCCCAUAAUCAUAUAACACAAUAUUCACUAUGUCUUAUCACCUUGAGCACAUAUUGUUGUAAAUCUUUAAAUCCAUUACUUUUACCAUGAAUGGUGUUUCAUCUUAAGGCUUAUGUAUAAAGAUGUUUUUUUUUCUUUUCUUAACAUCUAAAGUUAGUUUAUAUCUUUUUCUACAAAAAAGUCAGAGGGUUUAUGUACAGUUUGAAUUCCCUUUGUUAUCUAAUGUAGUAAAAUAAUGAUUAUGAAUAAACUGCUUCUCUUUAUCCUUAUAUCACAAUAUAUAUAUUUUUUAUUUAUCUUGUCUUUUUUAUUUUUAAUUAUUAAAAAUGUAUACCAUAUCUUUAUGAUAUAUGUUUAAUUUAAGGUACAGUAAAUAAAUAAUGCAACAUCUAUUGUAAAGAUUUAGAUUGAAGUAACAACUCUGCAGUCUCUGUUUGGGCGAGAAUAUUUCUGUUAAAGAUUACAGGGCCCAAAUAUCUUAUUUGCAAAAGAAAACUAUGGUAGUUUAAAAAAAAAUAUCUUAGUUUAGAAAAACAAAAAAAUCCAGAGGAGAAGUCCCUGGACCCUAAACCUUGCAGCCA